ACAACAGAUUGUUCUUGUCAACAACAAGUUUUGCUUGUUUUUAAUAGUUCGAAAUGCGUGGCAAUGCGCUUGGGAAACAAGCAACCACAUGCGACUAUUGCCACACAACCGUCGAGGAUGACAACUAUCUGGAUUGCCGCAUUUGUGAGCAGAUUGUGCACAUCAAAUGCUUGCCACAUGCGAGCACCCCAGGCGAUUUACUCGGCGACGUUUUCUUCGAUUUUACGUGCAUCAAAUGUGUGCGCAAAGAGCCACAAUCCGGAGUGGAGCCGCCCAAGGAGCGGCUUGUUCGCCAGCGCAUACCCUGGCUGCUGGUGCUGACGCUGACCCUAUACAAUUUGUCCAUCAAGUCGAAGGGGCUAAGUCAUCAUGGCUAUUUCCAUUGGCGGACGCACAUCAUCAGUUUCGUGAACAAGAACUGGAACUACAUAUUCGAGCCGCGAGCUCGCCGUCGCAAGCAAUGGGCUGGUUCCGUUUCGGGCGCACUUUCGCACAACAGCCCGGAAUACUUUCAGUCUGGGGUCAGUGUAUGCACCGAGACUGGCUGGUGGAAACUGGCCAAACCCCAUUUAACGCCGCGCAGCGUACGUGCUGAGUACGAGCAACGUUUGCUGGAGCGCCAACUGUUGCGCACAGAUCGACGCUUGCCGGUGGUGGACGAGAACAGCUGUGACAGCGAUUUAUCAGUCACAGAUCAUCUGAGCGAUGCACAGGCGACAGCCACGACGGAGGAAGCUGUGGAGCGCCUUCUGCCAGUCAGCGAAGGCUGUGCGCGAGCCAUUCCCUACAUGGGUCGCCCGCCGCCAGCAGUUGAGCAGCCAGCGGAGCUACAACAGCAAGAGCAGGAGGAGGGGGAUGAGCAGGAGCAAGAGCAUGUAAAGCAGGAGGAGGCAACGGAAGAGGCCUCACAGCAGCAGCCGUUGAGCAGCGUGCAGGCGAGUCUAAUGGAUUUUUUAGCGGAAAGCUUGGGAGGCGAUGACCUGAGCAUGUUUAUGCCACCGCCCCUAAUUGGAGCAGGCAAAACAGAUUUCUUUAUGUCCGAGGCACUGUUGGAAGCGCCCGGAAACAGUGCCAGCCUGUUCGAGCUGGAGCAUAACUUUGACAGCGAGCCGCCAGCGAUGAAUGAGAAAAAAAUGGAAGAAACUCCACCUAGCCCAAAAGUAGAGCAACCAAUGUCCGAAAGCGAAAAGGAACAGCCCAUGGAAACAGAGCCACAGACGGAGGAGAAUCCCGACUAUCAGCCGCGCAUUGUGCAGGUUACCAACUUUCAAGUGCAGGAGCAGCAAACACCACAAAGUAAAGAAGAGCCACCGGAGACAGCUAAGGAAAAUGAACUCACAGAGAUGGAGCAGGCAGAGAGUAGCAGCAUAAGUUUAGAGCGCUGCAAGCCGAGUGGAUUUCUUCGCCAGCCCCGACGCAAUUGGCCCUGGCUGCAGGAGACCGACGAGCAAGAGCCACAGGAGCAACAUCUUCGACCAAUGAGCGUCUAUGAGGAGCAAAAGUUGCAUCAGCAGCUUCACAAGAUCUUUCAACACGGCGCGAGCAAUAUACCCGGCCAUGUGAGGCGAUUCUAUCGCAAGCUGUGCCUGCGCAAAUGGAAGCGGGAUCACAAUCGCCGCAUAUUUAAUCUGGACGAGCAUAUUGAUCACACGGCGCGUGCACGUCUCCAGCUAUCAAAGCAGCAACAGACCCAGAUACUCGAUCGCUAUCAGCUGUUAGAGUUGGGUAAUCCGGACAAUCGCAAUUCAUUUUAUGCUCGCAUUGUGGGCAGCACGGAAUACGAACUCUUCGAGUCGCCGUACACACAACGCGUCCUGCAUCCGUUCAUCUAUCGCAGCCAGAAUAUGUCGCCAACUGUACGCUUGAUGUGCGAGCUGCAGCAUCGGGUGAAUCGUUGCCACCCCAGCCGAUCCACGAUAGACUUCUGCUAUGUGCGUCCACAGCAUAUACCGGCAGUGAAUGCGCUGCUCCAAAGCGUUUUCUGGCCCGGCAUUGAUGUGAGCGACUGUCUCAGCUAUCCGGAUUAUAGUGUUGUGGCGCUUUAUAAGAAGCUCGUUGUUGGCUGUGGCUUCCUCGUGCCCGAUGUGGGCUACAAUGAGGCAUACAUCUCCUUCAUGGCGGUGCGUCACAAUUGGCAACGUUCCGGCAUUGCUAGCUUUAUGCUCUAUCAUCUCAUCCAGACCUGCAUGUCUAAGGAUAUAACGCUGCAUGUGUCCGCUAGCAAUUCGGCGGUGAUGCUCUAUCAAAAAUUUGGCUUUAAAAUUGAGGAGGUCAUCCUUGAUUUCUAUGACAAAUAUUUACCGCUUGACUCCAAGCAGAGUCGCAAUGCAUUCUUUUUACGCCUAUUGCGAUGAGGAAUCUGCGAAAUGUUAAUCGAAUUACAGCCGAAAUGAGUUGCUAAUAAAAAUUAGAAUUAAAAGACAAA